CCUCCACUUUCUCUCAUGCCUCCCCCGUCGCGGCAACAAUGCGCCCAACCCGGAACUCUAGCUUUCUCUGCCAGCUGCUGCUGCGAGCGCCUUGUUUCUCCUCCUCCUCCUCCUCCUCCUGUUCCUGCUUCUUCGCAUGGCUGCGUGGAUCGGCAUCCCAGGCGAAUGGAGCUCGCGGAAGUCAGCCUGGCCGACGACGGAGGGCGCCGAGAAGCAGAGCCCGCCAAGGCCCGGCGUGGAAGCAGCGCAGACAGCCUGGAGGGCGAGGAGGAGGCGGAGGAGGAGGUGCGGAGGGCCAGCCGCGCCUCCUCGCUGGUCAGCGGACUCUUGACGGAGCUCUACAGCGCGGGGCGGUGGUCCUGGCACCGGGGAAGCGUGGACAGCUCCACCGAGGCUUCCGCCGGCUCCGACGCCUUUCCCAGCGGGCGCACCGAGUCCCGCGCCCUGCAGGAGCUUCAGCGGAGGCCCGGCCCCCGCCACCAGAGGCAGUACCUGGCCCGGAAAGAUUUGAGUGAGUUGACGACGAUAAUACGAGAGCUGAAUUAUACAAUCUGUGUUCAGUCAUCAAAGCUACUUCGCCUUCUGAAACAAAAGGAUAGGCUUUCGCAUAAAGUACAGAAGAACUGUGACAUUGUAACAGCCUGUUUGCAAGCAGUUUCCCAAAAACGACGAGUUGACACAAAGUUGAAGUUUACACUUGAACCAUCUUUAGGUCAACAUGGGUUUCAGCAGUGGCACGAUGCUCUUAAAGCAGUGGCUAGAUUGCCAACAGGAAUACCAAAGGAGUGGAGGAGAAAGGUCUGGCUCACCUUGGCAGAUCACUACUUGAGGAGUAUAGCAAUCGACUGGGACAAAACUAUGCGCUUCACUUUCAAUGACAGAAGCAAUCCUGAUGAUGACUCCAUGGGAAUUCAGAUUGUAAAGGAUCUUCAUCGAACUGGGUGUAGUUCUUACUGUGGCCAGGAGGCAGAGCAAGACAGAGUAGUAUUAAAAAGGGUCUUACUAGCCUAUGCCAGGUGGAACAAAUCUGUAGGCUAUUGUCAAGGUUUUAACAUCCUAGCUGCUCUCAUACUGGAAGUCAUGGAAGGCAAUGAGGGAGAUGCAUUAAAAAUCAUGAUCUACUUAAUUGAUAAAGUGCUUCCUGAUAGUUACUUUGUCAAUAACCUUCGAGCACUAAGUGUUGACAUGGCUGUGUUCCGAGACCUUCUGAGAAUGAAACUCCCUGAGCUUUCCCAGCAUUUGGAUACUCUGCAGAGAGCUGCCAAUAGGGAAAGCGGAGGUGGCUAUGAACCUCCUCUCACAAAUGUCUUCACUAUGCAAUGGUUCCUUACUCUCUUCGCAACAUGUCUUCCUAAUCAUACAGUUCUAAAAAUUUGGGAUUCUGUGUUCUUUGAAGGGUCAGAAAUUAUAUUGCGAGUUGCCUUGGCUAUAUGGGCAAAGUUGGGAGAGCAGAUAGACUGUUGUGAAACUGCAGAUGACUUCUACGGCACUAUGGGCAAGUUAACUCAAGAGAUGCUGGAAGACAGCCUUAUUGACAGCAAUGAACUCAUGCAGACUGUUUAUUCCAUGGCCCAGUUCCCUUUCCCACAGCUAGCAGAAUUAAGGGAGAAAUACACGUACAAUAUCACUCCUUUUCCUGCUUCAGUGAAAUCAAAUUCUGGGAGGCUUGGUAAAGUUAAAGACAGUGAUGAAGAAAAUGAACUUGAUGAUGAGGAUUCCAUAGCUAAUGUCAUUGGUUGCCUUGGACCAUUCAGUGGGUUUUUGGCUCCAGAACUACAAAAGUAUCAAAAGCAAUUCAAAGAACAUAAUGAGGAGCAGACUUUAGGAUCUAGUAACAUUGCAGAACUAAGUCCUGGAGCAAUCGAUGCCUGUCGAAGUGAAUACCAUGCAGUCUUUAACAGCAUGAUGAUGGAACGAAUGACUACAGACAUCAAUGCACUGAAAAGACAGUAUUCCCGAAUAAAGAAGAAACAGCAGCAGCAGGUUCAUCAGGUGUACAUCAAAGCAGAUAAAGGGCCAGCUACCAAUCUUCUACCUUCUCAAGUGAACCAUUCUCCAGUGAUCAACCAUCUUCUGCUAGGAAAGAAGAUGAAGCCAACCAAUCGUUCUGCCAAAAAUGCCAUUGUUCACAUUCCAAAUCAUGCAGGAGGCAAGAUGUCACCUGGUCCCCAUGAAGACCUUAAAACAAAACUCAACUCUCCCUGGCGCACUCACAUUAGGGUACAUCGGAAGAAUAUGGCAAGAGCCAAAGGCCAGCUGGGCUAUGGUGAUACUAUAGGACUAAUAGAAGAACAGAGUGAAGGUGGAAAAGCCAAGAGCAUUGGGGCAAAAGAAGAGACUUCAAGCAAAUCGGAAUCUGUGGAUGGAGAAGGAAGUGAUUCGGAUGCUGGGAUUACCAGGAAAGCAGAUGGACAGUCUCCUGAACCAGCAUUCAAAGAUGCCAAUGUCAGUGCAAAUAUAUCAGCAGUUCAGCUGAAGCUGGAAGCACUGGAACUUACCCAAAACAACAAACAUGACACUGACUCCAGGCCAAGCCCUUACUGUCAAACACACACCUCUGAAUUGCCGGAUUCGCCCAAAGACAGUGAAACAAUGGCAACAUCCCCUCAAGUCAGCACUCCCAAGUCUCAAGUCUUUAGCCCUUUCCCUAGUGUCAAGCCACUUAGGAAAUCAGCUGCAGCCAGGAAUCUAGGAUUGUAUGGUCCAACGGAAAGAACCCCAACUGUUCACUUCCCCCAAAUGAGCAGAAGCUUUAACAAGCCCACAAAUGGUAACAGUGGAUCUAAAAGACGAUGAUGCUUAUAUUCCACUUCAUUAAUAUCACCAUUGUCAUUAUCGCUGCUGUUUGAAUUUUUAUGGUGUGUGUCUGUGGGUUCAAAGGGAUUUAUAUGUAAUUUAUUUAAUUGAAAUAAGGGAGAUUAAUGACAAAAAUGUCAGAAAUCUGUGUUUUUCUAUAAUAUGGAAUAGUGAUGGUGGCACAUUUAGCUUUCAUGGUAAAAAAUAAACUGACUCGCAGCACAGGAAAUGUUUUGAAUUUGAAUUACCUAUAGGAAAAAAGCACCCUGUAGUAAAUGUCUGUCUCUGCUCAGUACUGCCAGGCAUUCAAAUGAUACUUAUAGAACAGUUUUUGUUCAGUUGUAUCCACUAUCAAAACAUUUUGGCAAGAUUAUCACCAUUUUGUGGCAAUUGGUUAAUCCUCUUUGCUUCCUGGAACAGAACUGAGCACCAGUUUUUCAGACAAAUUACAAUACUACUAGCUGUCUGUAUCAUUACACUAAUAUAUUUGAACAAAUGACACUGUAACAGUGCUUCAAUAUUCAAACUGCUGCUUUUAACUGUUUCUCUAUUAUAGAAAUCUCUCUCAGAGGAAGAGAGAAAUAAAUGCAUUUUGUACGACUUGAUUUUGGUUGAGGGCACACUGACCUGUAGUGAGUCAUGAGAUACUAGGAAUGAUAUUUAAAUCAAUAUUUACUUAUAUAAUUUAAAAUUCUUGACAGCAUUUGAUGUUAAGGGAAAUAUACAUAUCUUGGGUUGGGUGGUCUUUAUUUCCAAGUGAGUGAGUAUAGGAUUGUGGCCUUCAUACAGUAGAGUCUCACUUAUACAACUUAAAUGGACCAGCAGAACGUUAGAUAAGCGAAAAUGUUGGAUAAUAAGAAGUGAUUAAAGAAAAACCUAUUAAAUGUCAAAUUACAUUAUGAUUUUACAAAUCAAGCACCAAAACAUCAUAUUUUACAACAAACCGACAGAAAAAGCAGUUCAAUACACGGUAACGUUAUGUAGUAUUUACUGUAUUUACGAAUUUAGCACUAAAACAUCACAGUGUAUUGAAACCGCUGUGGAUCAGGGCGGGAGGCAGACUGUGUUGGAUAAUACAGAAGUUGGAUGAGCAAAAGUUGAAUAAUCGAGACCCCACUGUAUUUUGUUUUGUAAGGCACUAAGCUUUAAAAAUGUUUAGCACUUUUGAUCUCCGAUGUGUUAUAGUUGAUUCCCAUUUAAGAAAGAUCCAGGUCUGUGUCCUGUGAUAUGAGAUCACUAUCUACAUAUUUUCUAACAUUCCUUUACAAUGAAUAUUUUUAGCAGCUUCCACAAGAUUAUGUACUUUCCAUCUGAAGUGAGCAAACAAACUGGAAAAUCUUGGGAUCUAGUUCUUACAGUGCUAUAUUGUUGCUAAGAGAUUCAUUAAGACUCUGAAACUUGGCAGAUAACAGUGGAAAGUGGAUUCCCCUGCCUUGAUCUGAAUUUUUUUUUUGUCAUGUCAGGAGUGGCUUGAGAAACUGCAAGUCGCUUCUGGUGUGAGAGAAUUGGCCAUCAGCAAGGACAAUGCUCUGGGGACGCCUGGAUGUUUCGAUGUUUUACCAUCUUUGUGGGAGGCUUCCCUCAUGUCCCUGCAUGGGGAGCUGGAGCUGAUAGAGGGAGCUCAUCCACGCUCUCCCCGGAUUCGAACCUCCGACCUGUUGGAGUUUAAUUCACUGUGCUACCGGGGGCUCCACUUUGCAAGAUUAAGUACAAUAAAAAAUAGUAUGUGCUGCCAUAGCAACAGUUGUCAUUAGAAGAAAAUUUCUCUCUAUUUAGAAUAGAUUAAUAUUGAACUUUAAAACUUGGUGCAUAAGACAGGAAGGGUGCUUAAAGAACAAAAGCUGAUGACUCAGCCCUCUGCCCACACCCAUUUUUGGAUAUUUCCCAUACAAAAUUCCCCCAAUUGUCCACAAGCCUUGGGUAGAAAGUCACAUGAAAGUCGAUUGUAAGAAAGUCAUCUUACAAUCUACAGCUGGUUAAGCAAUUGAUACAAACCAUGUCUGCAUAGUCUACUAUGACAAUGCACCAAAUGCAAUAUUAAGACAUCACAUUGAUAAGCAUGUGGAAAUGAAUAAAAUGCUAACUUAGGGGGGAAAAACAACCAGGACCUAAUAGAUUGUAUAAUUAAUUUUUAGGAAAUUUUAAACUUGCAAUUCCUUAACUGCAGUCUGCAUGCUGCAUGCCAAACAUUUUCUGAAUCUAGAGAAGGUUUAAGAGGAAUUUGUACUGUGGCACUGAGGCUGCUUUUAACAAGAAAAAUCCCACAGUGUGUCGGCUUCUCUGAUGGAGUUCUUUGGAUCUCUGUUACUGUUUCCAAUAUUUUGUAGAACAUAUAAAUAAAAGGUAAAGGUUUUCAACUGACAUUAAGUCCAGUCAUGUCUGACCCUGGAGAUUGGUGCUCAUCUCCAUUUUUAAACUGAAGAGCUGGCAUUGUCCAUAGACACCCCCUAGGUCAUGUGGCUGGCAUGACUGCAUGGAGCACUGUUACCUUACCACAGGAGCACUACCUAUUAAUCUACUCACAUUAGCAUGUUUUCGAACUGCUAGGUUGGCAGAAGCUGGGGCUAACAGCGGGAGCUCAUUCUGCUCCCUGGAUUCGAAUUGGUUACUUUUAGUCAGCAAGUUCAACAGCUCAGCGGUUUAACCAACUGCACCACCAGGAGCUCCAUAUAAUAAUUUUUUAAAACAAUUAUUGCACAUGAUGCUGGAAGUACACUGAUUUAAAGUGAAGGUUGGAAUCUUCUGUUCAUUUAAAACUCUUAUUAUGUUGUUUCUCAAAACUUAUGCAAGUUUUUAAAAAAGUGAAUGCUUUUUUUCCUUUCUACAACAAAUUUAUUCCCAUUCUUAAUGGAAUAACUAAAGUGGUUGAAACUAAUCUCCAGGAUUGGGUUGGAGAUUAAUUUCAACCACUUUAGUUAUUCCAUUAAGAAUGGGAAUAAAAAGACCUCACAAUCUCUGAGGAUGCCUGCUAUAGAUGCAGGCGAAACAUCAGGAGAGAAUGCUUCUUGAGCAUGACCAUACAGCCCGAAAAACCUACAACAACCCAGUGAUUCCGGCCAUGAAAGUAUUCGACAAUAAAUCUCCAAGACUGGCAGCAUCCUAUUCAUUAAUAGACCUGAAAAUGUUUUCUUUCCCCACCCUCACUGCCAUUGAAAAAUGUUGGAAGGGAUUUGUAUGUAAUUUAUUUAAUUGAAAUAAGGGAGAUUAGUUCAAUUUAAUUCUUUGUUGGGAACCGCUUUGAUACAUGCACAGUGAAGUCCGUGUCUAUGUGGAAUACUGUAUAGGAACUCAGCGCAUGAUUACUUGAAUAGGAGAUGCUAGUUUGGGCCCGGUGUCUCUGUCUUUUAUCAUAAUGUCUUAAGUGAGUUUGGGCCCAUUGUUUUUACCAUCUGGCUGAAGCUGGUAUGAAAUUUAAGGAGCUUAUCAGGUUUGCUUCCUCGUUGAAUGCCGCGUGUGGCGUGUUUUAAGAGACCAGUGUUAAACUCUAUGUCUUAUGAAUUUCUUCUUUGAUGUAUUCAAUAUACUGUAAAUAUUAUUGUAUAUUAUAAAUAUAUUCAGGAUGUGUAAAA